CGGGCUGCCGCUUAUUUUCCAAUACAUUGGGGAGGCGGUUGAAAGCUAUGCCGAAGUAAUGGCGCAAAAUCAUGAUGCAGGUGCUGAAGGUGAGAACUCUACUCCUCCCACAGCUGCUCUUCCACCUCCACCGCAGAACCGUGGUGGAGACGGAAAUCUUUCACGGAACAGUGGCCAGGAUAGCCAUGGCUCUCCCAAUUUGCGAGGGGGACCAGGAUCCACCCCCUACAAGUAUCGAAAUAGCAACAGAGACUCCGCCCCCGGUGAUCCUUAUAGUACCAGCAAACAUAAACGACAACACACAGAAAACCAACUCUCGUCUGACGAAGCAAGACUGCAAGUGCUCAACAGGGACCACGUAGACGGAGUAGUAGAGGGAGUCAGAGAUGGCAACAUAAUACGAUACAACGAAGGCCAUGAUAAUCACGACGAUGUUGACAACAGUGCUCUGUACCGCAAUUUCGACGAUGGUGAGAUGGAGGAGGGUUUUUUUCCAGCCUCGUCAUCGUCUAGCUCUACCAUGAUGAGAAUGACAAAGAAAACAGCCGUUCAACAUGGGUCACCGCGACCCUCAACGUCUUCAAAAUUUCAGUAUCGUCCGCGUUCGCGACGGCGGGAUGAGUUAUCUUCGAGACCUGGUGACUUGUUCCCGUUUGAUUGCAGACAAAAUUUUGGACUCCGGAAGGCUGUUGUACCAAGUUCGAAUGGUCUGGAGAACAGCACGCAAUCGAGACCGGAAGGCGGCCAAGGCUCGGGGCGUUGUGAUGCUGGGCACCCAGCCAUGAGUACGAAAAGCAGGCAUGAAGGACAUGCCUAUGGCAGCAAGCUUGUCGUAGGCCAAGAGCAGCGAGAAGAUGGGGUGGAGGCAGAGGGCGAUACCGAACGCGCCGUUGAGGAGAGAAAGCAAGACAACUACACCAGGUCCAGAACCGCCACUACCGCCGAUGAGAAAGUGAAUGCGCAUACCACUGGGGAAAAUACAGCAACGCCGUCAAAUUUGUGCGUUGGAAGUAGGAGUACAACAGGAGUAGAGCAUGGUCACCAGCAGCCAGGAGUUUCUUCUUCUUCGUCAUCAAACCAACUUUAUCGUGACCACAAUGGCAUGUGCAUGAGUCUAAAAAUGAACAAGAGCAGUUCCAGAGGGAUUUCUGCCGAUCCCUCUCUGCGUGACCCGGAUUUGCCAUUGGACAAAAAUAUUAGCGGGAGUAGUUCAAGUAGUUCUAGGUGUACUUUUAGUAGAAGCUACCUCUGUGGCGGUCUCGGCCAGCAGGAGACGAUCGUGGAGCAGCGCUUUGACGGCGUAAGUGAGCUACAGAUCUCGUGCGGUGACGAGGAGUCUCGGUAUCAGCGAAACGGACGCAACGGUAACGGACAGGAAGUCACAGCAUCAAUGUGUUAUAAUCCUAGUUCUUCUUCGCACGCUGUCGGUACAGGCGUAUCCUAUUCCGCUCUCCGCGGACCACGCGGCGGGCCACUUUUUUAUUUUUUUCAAGGGGUGCGCCGGGAGGACAUGAAGCAGAGCAUGUUAGAGCAAGUUUCCUCUCGCAGCAGCUGCGGCCGGCAGCUCAAUAGGGUAGUAAUUUUUGUUUUACAUACAUAACAGAGUAGUUUAUAGCACGCAUGGUGCAUGGAGUAGCAUGGAGUGCAUGGAGCGCAGAGCUUUAAGGGGCGCAAGAAGCUCCCCCUUUAGCUCCAUGCUACUCCAUGUGAUCCAUGCACUCCAUGCCAUGCGAGCUGUGAAACCUUAUAAAUUGCUCUGAUAUAAUUUGGUACUUAUUUGUUGUUGGAAGAUUCUUUAUAGUUUUUGAUUUUGAUGAGUUAGUGUUAGUUCACACGUAUUGUCAAUGUAUCAGCACUACAAUUUCUACAACCUGCACCACAUUAUAAAUAUAUGUAAAUAUUUUUAACUAAUAUCAGCGGCGUCGCAAAAGUAGGCAUCGGUCGCGGAAACAACAUGGUCCUGAGGAGGAACGCGAAAAAGGUCAUCUUCGUAGGAGGAAAAGAAGUGUGCGCCUUUUCGCCGACGAGCUGGGUUUGGUUACUGCAUACGACUUUACUUGCCUAUCCGAGAACGAGCGGCAGUUUUUGACGGACUUUCUCGCGCGCGAUUUGAGACCGCUUCCAGCGACGGCGCUGCCAGAGCGGGGGGGCGUGGACGUGGUAUUGCACUCAGACGCGGUGCAGCGGCUUUUUCGAGACGCUUUGGCGCAUGCACGGCACGAACCGACUCCGACGUUGCCGAGGUAG